AUGAGUGCUGCUGCCGCCUCUGCUUGGAUUGGGCGCUCGCAUUGCCGACAGGUCAAUGAUGCGACCCAGGUGAGCUUACUCUUGGCUGCCUCUGUUGGAAUUAUAUUGGCGAUCCGUGAUGCCGUUGGCACAUACCAGCACGGCUGCAUCGUGCACCAACGGUACGGCUUCCGGACGUUCUGCGUCGUGGAGCUUCUUGACUCGCUGUUCCUGCUUCCAUGUACCUUUCAACUGAUCUGCCUCACGGUCAACUAUGAUGAUCGAGUUCAGUCACGGUUGCAGGAGGCGAAGCAGGAGAAGGAACGGCUGUCGGCUGCGUAUCAUCGCUGCAUCCAGGAGAUGGAUGAGAAGCUGCGGGCCGUUUCCGAGUCCAACAUCCUUCUGGCGGAACGAUCGUUUGCGGACAGGAAGAGGGAUUUUGCGGCCUUCUUGGGGCAGUUGAUCGUUUGGUGCCCUCGUGUGCCGGCACACCAGCAGGAGCUGUUGCGGCACGAACUGCGCAGCUUCGUUGAUCUCUGGCUGCGGGUCUAUGGCGAAGCAUCAAUUGACCCUGCCAAGAGGCUGCAGUUCGACUGCUCGGUGUUGGACAAGUGCAAGACGGCAGAGGCGUUGCAGGCCAUGGGCGACCCAUGGCGCAAGAUAUUGCACCAGCUGACCGCGGAGCUGGAACGCCAGUCCUCCCGCCUACGUGAGCUGGAGUUGGAGAAUCAGGGCUUGAAGAUCGCCCAGUCGACGAUUGAACGCUCACUACCUCCUGCCAGUCAUAGCAGUCCGGUCAGCCCAGCACUCCGAGAUGCGGCAAAAGCAGAAAGUGAAGGUGUCAGCUCACCCAAGUCAGAGCCGUUGAGGCGAGAGAAGCCGCCUGAAUCUCCAGGAAAGCCUGCCCAAGUAUGGCAAGCGUCAACGCCCGGAAAAAGUGAUGGCGAAGAGGAAGCAGCGGAUGAUAAGGUCAGCUUCUCGGUCAUUCGAGGAACCCGUUCCACGAGGACGACGACGACGACAGGCGAGCCACCCAGAAAGCCUUGGUACAUUAUCAAUCCGCAGAGCAAUGCGUUUGCUACAUGGCAGCUGAUCACCACAGUGGCUCUCGGCUUCGUCGUGACGGUUGUGCCUUACCAAGUGGGACUGCUGGAGCUUGCCUGGGAUUUUCUGCUGAUUGCGAGUUGCUUGGUGGAUCUGGUCUUUCUGGUCGACAUGGCCCUGAACUUCUUUACUAUGUAUCCCCGGACGACGGCCCGUGGCAUAAAGUGGGAAGACAGCGUGGAGAAAAUCGCGAGGCACUACCUGUCUGGCUGGUUCUUGAUCGACUUUUUGACCCUGAUUCCCUUCGACAUCAUUGAGCUUACAUCAGGAGCAGCAGGUAUGGGAGUGGGCAAGGCAACCAAAGCCGUCCGGGCAUUGCGUCUGCUAAAGCUUAUGCGCAUUUUGAAAACAUCAAGGUGGCUGCACAAGCUAGAGAUUGCCAUCUCCAUCCCGUACCAGCAGUUUGCUCUAGCUCGGUUUUUGCUGAUCUUAUUACUGGUUUGCCAUUGGCUGGCUUGCAUUUGGGCUAUGACUCUUCAACUGGCAAGCGAUGACUACCCACAGUGGAUAAAUGAUAUCGAAGUGGUUGAUAUCCAAUUCGGUAUCUACACCAGAAACGAGCCCCAUCGCAUAUAUUUGAGUGCUUUCUAUUUUUGCAGCUAUACGAUGACAUCUGUUGGCUACGGCGACAUCGGUCCGAAGAACCUUUUCGAACGAUCUGUUUGCACGGUGAUUAUUUUGGCCGCUGGCCUUUGCUGGGCCUACGUGCUGGGCGAAGUUUGCGCCAUUGUAAGCGACAUGAACUCCGAAAGUCAGGCCUUCCGGAAAAAGAUGACGGACCUGAACACCAUGAUGUGGGAGCAAGGGCUCCCCUACGAGCUAAGAUGCCGGCUACGAAGUUUCUUUCUCCAGAACCGACACCAGGCGCUCUACGUGACCAGGCAGAAGCUUCGCGAUAGCAUGAGCCCACAGCUCCAGUCCGAGGUGUGCAUUGCACUCAACUUGGCUUGGAUUACGAAGGUGACGUUCUUCAGCCAGUUUAUGACUCUCAUGGAGGAGAAUCAAGCAAAGGGAAUGGACGUCGAUUCGUACCGAAUUGUCAUCUCAGACAUAUCUCGUGAACUGGAGUGCGGCGCUUUCGCUCAAGGCGAGCGCUUUGACAACGUACAGGUCCUAUACAUCCUAUCCAAAGGACUGGUCGCAUUGAACAGCCGAGUCGGUAGCAACGGCGCAGUUUGGGGUGAAGACUUCGUGCUGUCCGACCCAUCGCUCAUCCGACCCGUGCGAGGUUUCGCAUUGACCUACCUGGAAGUCUUGAACUUGACACGUUGGAAGUUCAUGAGAGUUAUCGAACGGCGUAAGCUGACAUGUCCGCAGCUUGGGCAAAUCGUGCGACGCUUCUGUGUGCGGCUUGCGGUACGCAGAGGUGUUGUUGCCCACACCCGACGUAUCCAGAGACUGCGGCUAUCAAGCAAAGACGGUGCAGACCCCACAGCCAGCACGAACACAGAGUCUUCGCAGGCAGCGGAACGCAGACCCCAACAGUUGCCAUCACCGCCUCAAGCUCCACAGGGAAUUUACCAACCAUUUGGAAGUCUUCCGGGAGUGCUUGAUGACGUGGAGCGUCACGAUGUUGACCCAAGGGACCAGGAGCUGUUGCGAGCAGCACGAAGCAUCACGCAGUCGGCGGGUACAAUGGUGGGUGAUUCCUACGAGUCGCACCUGCACACGUUGAAUGCGCUGAAAGACUCAGAGCCGCCUACCACGCAUGGAAGGCGAGAGCAAAUAAGGCGAAGCUUGCGGGAGCCCACGUACGUCACCCGACGAUCGUCGUGGUGGCACUGCCUUCCCGGGCGUUGCUACUUGGACUGUGCACCUUCCGAGGACCGUUUGGUCGACCUUUCAUGCUGCAUUUGCAGAUUACAGCUGCUGAGUGCAGACCAUGCUUUGCUCUUGCUGGCUCUGCUUGUCGGCAUUGUGCUGAUAGCAGUCACAGCGCUCUUCCCAUUGCUGAGCACGGAUAGGACCUGGCAAAAAGUUGGGGUUGACUUCCUCUUGGAUGCGGCUCCGGUUGCCAUCUACGUGGUGUGCUUAGCCACGCUUCUUGCUCGUAUCGAAAGGAUCAGUGCCCUAAUUGCAAUGCGGCGGGAGGUGUAUCAGGCACAGGAGAUGCAAAUCUUUGCCGGGGCUGUCAAGGACGACUUGCUCAAAUAUUGGGCUGCCGUGAGUGACAUAACUGAUCUAUGGUGCAACCGUACAUUGCCGCGCCUGGAGCUUCUGAAGGAGCUGCACUGUCAGCUCAGCUCCUCUUCUCCGGAGCAGCUAGCAACGAGCCUCCGUGACCUCAACGGCCGUCUAUGCAAGCUGGAAGAUGCCGUCGGCGAUGUCAAGGACUGGUGGACAGCGCAACAUGAAGGGCGAGCUCCGCAACUGCAGCCACGCGUUAGCAUGCUGCUCCGCUCUCGGACUUUGGACGGAUUGGAGGAUGGUGCGCCAGGCAGCUUCUCAGACCGGCUGGACUCGAUGAUCUUUGAGAUCAGCAGUCAGGCUGCCAGCGCAAGCCACGGGCCGCUGCAGAUGGCAGAUUUUCUUCGAGACAACACUGGACAAAGUUUCCAGACAGACUCGCCCGGCGCUUUGGAUCUGGACGUCGAGACCGGUGCAAGGAGACAGUCGCUUUUGUCCUUCAUAGGGGAACAAGGCGCAACGGCACCGGAUCCGCAAGGCUUGGACAGCUUAUCGCCCAGGUUGCUGUCAGGGGAUCGGCGUUUGAAGUUCAGAGACGAGGCUUUUGGUCCAGAAGGCCACCAAUACGGCUCGAGCACCUGCAACACCAGGCUUGUCCAACCUGUGCUGAACCUCCGGCCUGCCACCCAGAUGUGCAUCCGAGGAACCUCGAGCAUCCAGAGCUCCAAUCUCAUGGCAACAACUUCUUCCCACAGCAUCGUGGGAGCCCUGACUAACACGAAGAGUAAGUCGCAAGACGUCAGCCCGCCCGCAGCGAGAGAGCGGCACCGCAAUGGUAAGGCCAAGAUCCAGAAGUCCAGCCCACAGAAUCCUGGCAACUCUGUUCGGGACCUGGCCAAGGCUGCCAGCUCCACGCAUAUCCACGACUCGCAUGGAGCGAAACUACUUCGAAGCGUGAGAAGUCAUGCGUCCAACUCCUUCGACCAAGCCAGAGUAGCCAUGACUAUAGCGGCUUCUUUGCACACUUCGAGUGCAUCACAUGACGGUUGUGCUGCAGCCUGCUGUCAGGCGUCGAUCCAGGACUUCCAGAUGCUGCACGCUACCGCUGCCUGCUCGACUCUACGGAUGGCCGAACUCCGGCCACAGGAGCGUCGUGUGCUAUCCGAGCUGCUCUCACAUUUCGUCCUUCGGAAGGAGAUGUCCAACAGCGCACAGAGACCAACCAAGCUUGGCUUCCGCCGCUCGCCGCUGAUGGAUGCGUUGGCGACGGAAGUGGUCAAGGAAGUCUUCGUCAUCUUUUGUCGCGGAAAGCCACAUGCCAAUUUGGACAUUUGCAAGAGAAUUGAUGCCACCCUUGGACACACAUCCUUGCUGCAAGCCACUUCGGGCGCAUCACUGCAACUGCUGGGACAGUUCAACUCCCAGGACUUGGCGAACAGCGCGCAGUCGUUCGCAACGUGCCGCUUCAUGGGCUCGGGGACCAUGGGCUCGCAGUCCUCAGAAGUGCUGGUGAAGCUACCAGAGCUUGCGCCGCAAGGGCCUGCAACCACGGCGUGGGCGCAUUCGGCCUUUAACAAGAAGGAUCGUAUUCUGUUGGAUGCCAUCUCCAAGGAGGUGAUGCAAAGGUUAUACGAGAUAGAGCCACAAUCCUUGGGCAUCCUGGCGGAUGCCCAGCUGGGGUGUCAGCCGCAGCUGGAACAGGCACUGCGCCCAUUUGCACAAAGGUUCGCUGACCUCAUGCCGCGAGGGCUGGACGACUCCACCAUGACCGCGUUCAUGCAACUCGUGCGGGAAAUCCGCGUGGACAACUUUGGUGCAUGGGGUACUCGGCACGUCUUCCAACAGAUGGGGUUGGCGUCGCCCACACAAGACUUCUUGGACCGGGCACAAGGGGAGAUUCUGAAGGCUGGCACUGCGGUUGGUGCGGACGAAGGCGAUGCGCGACAGGGCGUUCUGUCUGGGGCGGCCCUGGUUCACCGCAGAGUCUUUUCUUACGGCGAGUACGAGUUUGAGGUGCGCGGUAGCCAAGGCCGUGCCCUGACUGGUGCCAUGGUCAAGGAAAAUGGUCGGCGAGACAGGAGUUUCGACCCGAGGUCCAGCAUGCUGAAGCCCCUCACGUCCCCGAUCAGCGGCCUGGUGGACAGGAGCUUGUGCAGCGAGUUUCAGCUCUUGGCAAUUGCUCUCGAUGCAGCAAAGGGUGCAGCAGGAGCCCAACGGGUGGCAAGUUCCAUCACAGGAUGUGUUCGCCUGUUCGUGUCGACUUCACCGUGCGUCUCCUGUUUGUGGGUUCUGCGCCAAUGCCAAAUCUACAUGCCCGAGGUGAAGAUUGAGGUUGCCAAUGGAGAAGAG